AUGAUGACAACCGAUGUAUUUCUCCCGUUCAUUCUUCCUCUGUGAGACCUUUAACUUGGAUAUAUCGGUGAUCCUUUAAAACAUAGAAAAACAACACCAAAAAAGUAAAAAAAAAAACCCAUUCAAAAAUUAUUUUCAAACUCCCGCCGCUCUUCUUGCUACAGUAGUCUUCUCCUCUCUGUCUCUAACUAGCCCCGCCCAUUUGUUCUUUAUUUCUCUAAUGUAAAUUUUGAAAGGAGAGGGACGUUGGGAAAAUAUCGCCGUGGUGAUAUACCGUGUCGUGUGGGAGGUAUCAAAGUUUAUACAACAAAUGUUGGGAGAGAUCGAAUCAUUGUUGAUAUGGAUGUUGCGUAUGCGGGUGAUGCGGAUUUCACAGUUUCCUGCUGUGGUUUUACUGGCGGGAUGAAUAAUAUUCAAUUUUCUGGAAAAUUGCGAGCUAUUUUAAAACCACUUUUACCCUAUCCACCAAUGGUUGGUGGAGUUUCUGGCACAUUUUUGGAGAUGCCCAAAAUGGACUUUAAUUUGACUGGAAUGGGAGAGAUGGUUGAAUUGCCUGGAUUGAUUGAUGCGAUUCGAAGUGUUAUUAAUUCGCAAAUUGCGGCGCUUUGUGUUUUGCCGAAUGAAAUUGUUGUUCCACUUGCUCCCAAUGUUGAUGUCACUAAAUUAUACUUCCCGGAACCAGAUGUGAGUUUUUUGAGGGGAAACUUGAGCUAACUAGAUAGAUGCUGGAUGGUUCCAAGGGGUUUCCCAUGAAAAAUGAUUGAUUUUGGCCGAAAAAUAGCAAACGCGCUCUAUUGAACUCUCCCCGUUUUGUUGAAAAAUUUAAAAAUUCAUUUUUUUUCUGAAUUUUGAUUAGAAUAUUCCAGGUUUUCCCAUGAAAAUGAGGAAUUUUGACCCAAAAAUAGCAAACGCGCUUUAUUGAAUUAACCCCGUUUCUCUGAAAAAUUCAAAAUUUUAAUUUUUUUGUUCUUAUGAGUUUUGUGUAGAAAAUUCCAGGUUUUCCCAUAAAAAUAAUGGAUUUUGACCCUAAAAUAGCAAACGCGCUCCAUUGAACUAUCCCCGUUUCUCUGCAAAGUUCAAAAAAAAAAUGUUUUUUUAAUGUUUCCGAAUUUUGAAUAGAAAAUCCCAGGUUUUCCCAUAAAAAUGAAGGAUUUAGGCUUAAAAAUAGCAAAUGCGCUCCAUUGAACUUUCACCGUUUCUCUGAAAAAUUCAAAAUUUUAAUUUUUUUUCAAUCUGAUGAAGUCUUAGUCAAAAAGGGAUUUCGGCCCCCAAAAAUAGCAAACGUGCUCCAUUGAACAAACAAUUCUUCCUUCCAGGGCGUAAUUCGUCUCAAAAUCAUCGAAGCCAAAAAUCUGGAAAAUCGCGACAUCUCAUUCAUCAAAAAAGGCAAAUCCGAUCCAUACGCUGAAAUUCAAGUCGGCUCACAAUUUUUCAAGACUCGAACAAUCGACAAUGAUUUGAAUCCGAUUUGGAAUGAAUAUUUUGAGGCUGUUGUUGAUCAAGCUGACGGUCAGAAGUUGAGAAUCGAAUUGUUUGAUGAAGAUCAAGGAAAGGAUGAGGAAUUGGGAAGAUUGUCGAUUGAUUUGAAAUUGGUGCAAGCGAAGGGAACUAUUGAUAAGGUAAUGGAUCAAUUCAUCUGAAGAAAAAAUGAAUUUCGCGACAUUUUUUGUCGCGAAAUUGCAAUUCGCGAAACGACACGAAAUUAAUAAAAUAAAAGAGGAAAUAAUUUUUUCGUGUGUUGGGUCUUGCAGCGAUUACGUGUCCCUUUAAUGUUUCUCCUUUAUUUUUGUGUUUAUUUCGUGUCGUUUCACGAAUUGCAAUUUCGCGACAAAAAAUGUCGCGAAAUUCAUUUUUUCUUCAAAUGAAUUGAUCCAUAAAUCAUGAAAAAUUAUGGAUUUUUGGCUCAAAAAUAACAAACGCGCUCCAUUGAACUCUACCCAUCUCUCUGAAAAAUUCAAAACUUUAUUUGUUUUCUGGUUUUUUCAUGGAAAAUGACGGAUUUUUGGCUCAAAAAUAACAAACGCGCUCGAUUGAACUCCCCGCGCUUCUAUGAAAAAUUCAAAAUUUCAUUUUUUUUAUUCUGAUGAAUUUUGAGUAGAAAUUUCUUUUUUUUCUGUGGAAAAUGAAGGAUUUUGACUCAAAAAUAGCAAACGCGCUCUAUUGAACUCUUCCUGUUUGUCUAAAAAAUUCAAAAUUUUAAUUUUGAGUGAAAAUUCCUGGUUUUCCUUGAAAAAUGAUGGGUUUUUAGCUCAAAAAUAACACACGCGUCCCAUUGAACUUCCCGCGUUUCCUUGCAAAAUUCAACAUUUCAUUUUUUCUCAUUCUAAUGAAUUUUGAAUGAAAAUUCCAAAUUUUUCCAUGAAAAAUGAUGGAUUUUAGUCCAAAAAUAGCAAACGCGCCCCAUUGAACUCCCCGCGUUUCAUUGGAAAAUUCAACAUUUCAUUUUGUUGUUCUGAUGAAUUUUGAAUAAAGGCUUCUGGUUUUUUCAGUGGAACGCAUGAAUUUUGGCCCAAAAAUAGCAAACGCGCUCCAUUGAAAAAAAUAGCAAACGCGCUCCAUUGAAAAUUCCUCGUUUCUCUGAAAAAUUCAAAAUUUCAUUUUUUUUUUCUGAUGACAUCUGAACGAAAAUUUCUGGGUUUCCCAAAAAAAUGAGGAAUUUUGUCCGAAAAAUAGCAAACGCGCUCCAUUGAAAAUUCCUCGUUUCUCUGAAAAAUUCAAAAUUUCAUUUUUUUUUUCUGAUGACAUCUGAACGAAAAUUUCUGGGUUUCCCAAAAAAAUGAGGAAUUUUGUCCGAAAAAUAGCAAACGCGCUCCAUUGAACUCACCCCGUUUUUUCUGAAAAAUUCAAAAUUUUUUUUUCAAUCUGAUGAAUUUUGAGCCAGAAGUUCCUGGUUUCCCAUGAAAAAUGACGGAUUUUAGCCUAAAAAUAGCAAACGCGCUCUAUUGAACUCAAAAAAUUUUUUUUUUGAAUUUUGAGAAAACACAUAUUUUUUCCAGUGGUACCCAUUAGAAGGCUGCAAACACGGUGAUCUUCACAUCAAAGCCACAUGGAUGGAUUUAUCCUGCGAUCUUCGACAUCUAGAAAAACAAGAAUGGGAAUCCGAAUGGGGACAAGCUGAUAAACCAAUACAUUCUGCAUUAUUAAUGGUUUAUAUCGAUUCAAUCGCUGAUUUACCAUACCCGAAAUCAAAGCUUGAACCAUCGCCAUUUGUUGAAAUCACAAUGGGAAAAGAAACACAGCGAACACCGGUGAAAGUCAAAACUGUGAAUCCAUUAUUUCAAUCGAAAUUCAUGUUUUUUGUGCGACAUUUGGAAGGACAAGAGCUCAAAUUUGAAGCAUUUGAUGAUGGAACACGAAGAUCGCUGGGGACUUUGAAUCUACCGAUUUCGGCACUUCUUAAAGAACCAAAUCUCGAACAAAAUCAGCAGAUGCAUAUGUUGACACUUGGUGUGCAUCAAAGUCCAAUGGUUGUGACAACGAGAAUUCGGGUUGGUUAUUUUUUUAGGGAGGGAGGAGGGGGGGGGGGGAGGGGAUUUACAGUUGAAAUUUCGAAUUUUUAAAUUUUAGUAAACAUUUGUCAGUAGAGCGUAUUUGCAUUUUUUUUUUAAAUUUUGAGCUUGAAAAUUUCUCUAGGCGCUGGUCCUUGAGAAUUUGAAUUUCUAGGAGCGGCUACUUGAUAAUUAGGGUUUCUAGGCGCGGCUACUUGACAUAGAGGCUCUCGAGGCGCGGGCUCUAGGCAAUUAGAUUCUCUAGGAACGGCUCCUUGAGAACUAAGCUCUCUAGGUGCUGGUCCUUGACAAAUGCACUUUCUAGGAGCAGCUACUUGACAACUAGGGCUUGUAGGAUUGGCUACUUGGCAUAGAGUUUUCAAAGGCGCGACUACUUGGGAACUAGGCUCUCUAGGCUUGGCUACUUGACAACUACAAUUAGGCUUUCUAGGUACUGGUCCUUGAGAAUUUGAGCUUUUUGUCAAUUUUUCAAAAUUUUAACUGAUAUUUUCAGUUUCAGAAAAAUUCAUGAGAGUUUUUUUGACGCGAAAAUUUCAGUUCAAACAUUUUUGAAUUUUUUUGCGCUAAAUUCUAAAUGAAACUCUGGGAAAUUAAAAAAUCCCACUCAUAGAUAUUUAACGAGCAACUAAAUUCAAAAAUUUCUCUAAAAAAUAUUUUUUUUAUCCUGAAAAUUCGAAAAAAAAUCAGAAGUGUUUUUUUGGCGCAAAACUUUGAAUUUUCAAAUUCUAAAAAGCUAAUUUCAAAAUUUUCAAAAAAUUAUAUCAUCCCACUUCUAUAUUUCUUCACGGCCUUCUCAAUUUAUUCAAUUUUUCCUUAUUCAAUUUUUCAAAUUUUCAAAAAUAGCUUGCAUGUCACAUUGUCACCUGUGUUUUUCCUCCAAAUUGCAAUGUUUUUCUCCCAUUUUUCUAGGUAUUCUCGAAAUCGGAUGGAAAUCGUCAAAAAAUGGAUGAAAUUCGACAGGCAAAAUUGGACGAGGACAACCGGAAUCAUGUAGAUUUUUAGGGCUUUUUUCAGGCUUUGCUAAGGGAUCCUGCUACCAUUUUCACACCCGCUUCUUGCACUGUAUUUUAGAAAUGUAUAGAAAAAUUAUCGCAGAAUGUCAGAAGCUUCAAAUUUUACCGUAUCUCACUCAAAUUUUACCUCUGAAUGAAUCAAACUACAUACUUUUAAUUGAAAUUUUAGGCGGUUGUAAAAGGACGUGGAAAAUCUGCAAAUGGACAUUUGGAUCAUGAUGUUCUUGGAGAAUAUGGGAAUGGUAUGUAACUACACUAUAGUUAGUUCCCUUUCCAAAAAAAUUAUCUGAAAAUUUCCAGCAUUCCACAUCGAAAGAGCCAAGGAAAAUGGGGAUGUUGUGGCUGUCGAGCCAGCGAAAACUGUGAAUUUUGAUGCGGCUGAAGAUGAGAUUGAGGUGAAAUUGAAUGUGGAGAAUUAUCAAAUGUUGAGAUCGGAUUCGACAGGAUCAUUGAAUAGUGCGAAUCGAUCGAAUAGUCGAUUGGGGAGAUUGUUCAAAUCGAAACAUGAGAUGAAGAAGAGGGAGACGAGGUGGGGGUUUUUGAGGGGGAUUUAUGAUAUCAGAUGAGCUAAUAUGAAUUCAGAACCUGAAAUUACAGGUCGACAUUUUCUCCAAAAGCCAUUUUGCAAAGCCAAAAUUUUUACAAGUCUCAAUUCUUUUUUAUUUUUAGACAGAUUCCUGAAUGUAUUCAGAACCUGAAAUUACAGGAUGCGCUUAGAUUUUUAGUGAUAGUAGAAAUUUAAUUUUGAAACCACUGCUGAAAAUACAGAGGGCUGAAAUUUUUCGAAUUUUUCAAACCGAUGUUUAGGAUUCAGAAUUUUGUUUAAUAAUUCUGAAAGCGAAUUUGAUUACAUAAAAUUUUUCAGACAAGUUUACAAGGAAACGUUUUCAAUGUUCCCCCCUGAAAAAAAGUGAUACUAUGCGGAAAGUGUAGUACCCCCAUGGGUGUGAAAAAGCCCAAAGGGAAUUUGGAAACAAAAAUUUAUUUUCAUGGAAAAGUUGUGAUCGAAGAUCAAAAAAGAUGUCAUUUUCAAAAAAUCAUAAAACGGUUCAAAGUUCACGAAAAGUUUCGAUCAAAACAGGAUUCUGUAGCUAAAAUUGUCAAUUUUAAUCCUAUUUUAAUUGUGAUAUUUAAAAAAAUUAAAGAAAUUUUUAAAUUUUAAAAAUUCGAAAAAUUUGAUUUUUCUACCAGAAGAUGGAAGUUGUGUGAGAUGAGACUAGAAAAAUCAAAUUCUACGCCCAAAGUUACGUCUAUGGGCAUAUAUAAAUUGUUCGGUUCCCGGCCAUUUACAGACGGAAAAAAAUAAAAAUUAAUUUUUUGCGCUUAAAACCACCUAAACGGCAGUUUAGAAAUGUUUUCGCAUGCGGUCAAGUCGUUAAGUUCAUUAAUUACGGAGUUUUGAUACCCAGGUUCAAUCCCCGCUACGGGCAAAGCUUUCAAAAUGUCAUUUCUACAAUACCUUAACUAGGAAAUCCAAAUUGGAGCAUAUUUCCUUGAGUAAUGGAAACAAACAUUUGCAAAUUACGACCGAGUUGCAAGUGGUCUGCAACGUGCUCACUUGUGCAAUGUUUGCAGAGGGUCUGCAGCUAGUCUGUAGCAGACCUGCCAAAAAAUUAAAAAAAAACGUUGGCUUUCGAUUUUUUUUCUAUUCUUUGUUUCCUCAAGAUUUCAAAUCUAAUUUUCAACUACUCUCUGCAGACGUUGCGCAAGCGAGCACGUUGCAGACCACUUGCAACUCGGUCGUAAUUUGCAAAUGUCUGUUUCCAUUACUCAAGGAAAUAUGCUCCAAUUUGGAUUUCCUAGUUAACCUAUUCUAGAAAUGACAUUUUGAAAGCUUCGCCCGUAGCGGGGAUUGAACCUGGGUAUCAAAACUCCGUAAUUAAUGAACUUAACGAAUUGACCGCAUGCGAAAACAUUUCUAAACUGCCGUUUAGGUGGUUUUAAGCGCAAAAAAUUAAUUUUUAUUUUUUUCCGUCUGUAAAUGGCCGGGAACCGAAUAAUUUAUAUAUGCCCAUAGACGUAACUUUGGGCGUAGAAUUUGAUUUUUCUAGUCUCAUCUCACACAACUUCCAUCUUCUGGUAGAAAAAAUCAAAUUUUUCGAAUUUUUAAAAUUUAAAAAUUUCUUUAAUUUUUUUAAAUAUCACAAUUAAAAUAAGAUUAAAAUUGACAAUUUUAGCUACAGAAUCCUGUUUUGAUCGAAACUUUUCGUGAACUUUGAACCGUUUUAUGAUUUUUUGAAAAUGACAUCUUUUUUGAUCUUCGAUGACAACUUUUCCAUGAAAAUAAAUUUUUGUUUCCAAAUUCCCUUUGGGCUUUUUCACACCCAUGGGGGGUACUACACUUUCCGCAUAGUAUCACUUUUUUUCAGGGGGGAACAUUGAAAACGUUUCCUUGUUAGACUAGAAAAAUCCACAUGGACUUCGAAAUUUAUCUGAAAAUAGUCCACUGCAAAAAAGCCACGUGGUACAAAUCAAACUUCAUCAGCACCUGAAUUUAGAAGUUUAUGAAUUUUCAAAAUUUAAUUUCAAUGUCAAACAUUUGCUCAUUUUCUAAAUUUAGAAUUUCAAAACUAUAUUUUUUCCCCAAAAAAAUCAGCUCCAAUUUUCGGAACACACCUCGGCCAAGCCGUGGCUGGCCAGAGUACAAUUUUUUGAAAAAUCUGAAUUUCAGUUUUUAGAGGUCAAACUUUGAAAAAUAAUAUUUUUUAGAGGACAAAAACUGAAAAAUUCACAAUUUUUGUACUGUAAAAAGUUAGCGUACAAUUUUUUAUUGUGGAAACCUCGAUUUUGGCCAAGGUGUGUUUCGGAAAUUCAAAAUUCUUCAAAGUGAACCCUCCUCAAAAUUCCAUUUUCUUUCCAGAGGCGACGAGAAUCGCGGAUCAAUCGAGCUCAAAAUCGACUACAACGAGCUCAGCGAUCAAAUCCUCAUCGACAUUUCCCGCUGUCGAGAUUUGGUAACUUUCGACAAAAAAGAAACGUGUAAUCCAUAUGUUUCGCUCAAAAUUGUGGCGUUGGAUGGUGGAAAAGAAGUUUAUAAGAAGAAAACGCCAACAGCGAAGAAUACCAGACAUCCACAUUUUGAUAAUCAGUGGGUUUUUUUUUACGUGGAAACGUCAGACUGCUAAAACGGAAGCUUGCGGGAAAAUAUAGAACUUAUCAUGCCGGAUCUGAAAAUUUCACUGAAAAUCAAUGAAAAUAUGGAUUUUCACUAAAAUUUUGAGAUCCCGCACAGGGAAAUCUAUCGUCAAUUUUUUUUUCGAGCGAAGCGGAACAUUCCGCGUGGAUAGUUAUGACGUGGAAAGGCUUAGGCUUCUUAAACCCCCCCCCCCGGAAAAAUCUAAUCAUAUUUUUUUCAGCUUCGAAAUCGAUAUGAAUUCAUCAGACCUGCUAAACCAUAAAAUCGUGAUCAAUGUCAAAGAUGAUACAAAUUAUGGAACAUUUGUGGCCAAGCCAGUUUUAGGAUGUUUGGAAAUUCGACUCGACUCAUUGAUUGAUCGAAAAUUAAGCCAAAGAUGGAUUCCGCUGAAUGUUGAAAGAAAAUAA